GAGUUGCUGUAGAGUGAAGUAGGUACCUACCUACCUAAGUGUUAGGGCUCAUGUCAGACAAACCCGGUUUUACUUGUUAAAAUUUUGUUCACAAUGUCUAUUUUGAUCAAACAGUGCUGGAUUUUUUAUUUUAAAAGUAUCGUCAUUAGUCGUUGAAACCGUGGCAAUAAUCUUAUUUAGUCCUAUGUGUUCGUGCAUAAUGGGAGUUGACUGAUUCCUCCCCACCGGAGAGUGCAUCAAAAUUCACAUCACGGACGCUGCACAAACUAGCUUCUCAGUAUCUGAACUUUCUCUAGUUCAUGCUUUGUGGGACUGUUACUCAACACGUUGUUGUGCAAAGAUAAUUUUGCAAGCUGAUGAUCACAAACGACCAGACGAGACGACCUAGACGCUGCUGUCGUUAGUGUGUGAAUAGUGCGAGUCGAGGACAGUAGUGCGUCGAUUGGAUGCGUCUUCGUGUGUAAUGUGUAUUGUUUUAUUGUGAUGGUUGAACGCGAAGGAUCUCGUCGCGGAAGCGGCAGUGGCGGUGGCGGAGGCUGCGGCUGGGGCAGCGGCGUGCUCCGACGGCUGUCGUUGCGAACCUUAUUGCUCGAUAGCCCCCUCGUGGGAAGAAGGCUCGCACAUUCCGUGUUGGAUCAAGGCGAAGCUAGGCCAGUUAAAGUGAGCGGCGUCGAACAAUCACACAGCAGACAGCAAACAACAAUAGAAUACAUACCCGAAGAUGAAGAGGGUGACUUGCUCGAGUGUCCGCUAUGCUUGUCGACAUUGAACGCGAGCGCGACGGUACGGCUGGCGUGGUGCUCCCACCGCUGCUGCGAGCCGUGUCUGCGGCAAUACCUGAAUAUCGAGAUAUAUGAAGCCAGGGUGCCGGUCAGCUGUCCCGUCUGUCAUGAGAGUAUACACCCUUCAGAUGUACGUCACAUCGUGGACAAUCCAGUUUUAUUUGAAAAAUAUGAAGAAUUCUCAGUGAGGCGCGCUCUGGCGGCCGAUCCAGACACGCGAUGGUGUCCAGCACCCGAUUGCAGUUUCGCUGUAGUGGCAACAGGUUGCGCUUCGUGUCCGAAGCUGACCUGCCUGGCGCCCGGCUGCGGGGCGUCCUUCUGUUACCACUGCAAGGCGGCGUGGCAUCCUACCCAGACCUGCGACGCGGCUAGACGCAGUCGGCAGCCUCCCCCCAGAGCGCCGCCGCCGACACACCCCGAUAUUGACCAGGGAGAAGUGAAGCCGUGUCCCCGUUGCUCGGUGCUGAUCGUGAAGGUGGAGGACGGCUCGUGCAACCACAUGGUCUGCUGCGUGUGCGGCGCCGAGUUCUGUUGGCUCUGCAUGAAGGAGGUCUCGGACUUGCAUUAUCUCAGUCCGAGCGGCUGCACGUUUUGGGGCAAAAAACCGUGGUCCCGGAAGAAGAAGUUGCUGUGGCAGCUCGGGACGCUGGCGGGCGCGCCGCUCGGCAUCGCGGUGGUCGCGGGCGUGGCGCUCCCCGCGCUGCUGGUGGGGCUCCCGCUGUGGGCCGGCCGCCGCGCGCACCGCCGCCUGCGCCGCGCCUCCGUCAUCAAGAGGCGCGCCGCCGUCGCCGCCGCAGUCGCCGCCGCGCUCGUGGUAUCUCCCCUGGUGGCGAGUCUGGCCGUGGGUAUCGGAGUGCCGAUCCUGUUGUUCUACGUGUACGGCGUGGUGCCGGUGUCGCUGUGCCGGGCGGGGGGAUGCGCCGCGCCGCCGCCCCACGAGGACGACGCCGCCUCCAGGAGACUGGAGCCCAGCAUUGGCGAUGCGUCCCUGUCGGCGGGGUCGGCGGGGGGUGCAGGGUGGGCGGGAGGCGCGGGGGCGGCGGGCCCGGGCGCGGCGUCACUCGCCGGCCUGGCGGGCUCGCUGCAGGACGCGUCGCCGGCUGCCGCCUCCUGGCCCGACGACCUGCCCUCCACCAGCGCUCUGCCCAAUCCGACCCCUUCCAGUUCGAGUCGGUCGCGUCGGCUCCGCUCGUUGUUCCUGUACGGGUCCCCCACGCCUCCCGACCUCGAGGCGGGGCCGUCCGUCCCACCCCCGCCGCCCGCCCCCUCCCUCGCCGUGCACGUGACCACGACGUGCGAGACGCACUCCCCCACUCGUUCCUCGUAACGAAGACACCGCGCCCCCGCGGCCGGCGGCGAGGGCUGCGACAUGGUCGUCUACGUUGCCGACGUAAAUGUGGUCGUACAGCAGUCUCAGUUGCUGAGUGACGCCGAAACAUGAGGCGAUUGACUGUUCAGACGGAAAUCAUUACAAAAUAUUCGAUUUUUAAAUAGCAGUAGAUCGACUCAUCGAAAUAAAAUAUAUUUUUUAAUUAAACAAACAAAUAUCCAAAACGCUUCCUUUGAGUCACGUUAUUUUUGUAAUGUACCAUUUCCGUGAGUGCGAUUUUGAAAACUUAACGUAUUUGUCGACCUGUGUCGUCACACGACGGCGAUUCAUCCGAGACGUUUUAGAUCACGUGAAGAAAACUUAUUCUAGGGCUAAGUGACAACCUUAUUGUGUCAACAUUAUCGGCGUCUUGAGUAGUGACGCGCGAGCGCAGGUCACCCGGUGACCCGUCCUCGGUGACCGGUCAUCGUGUGACCGUGACAGACGGACGACUCGGCCUCCCUCGGCCGCUAUAAACGUCCUCGACGAUCCUUUAAUAACUGACGUUCGAAUAACAGUUUCUGUGCCAACCGUAAACACUUCUGUGAUGGGAGCUUUGGUCCCGGAAGCACCAGCAGACGGCAGUCCUAUAUAUGCAUAUGUACGAUAGACGCUUCGCUUAUGAGCAGUGUUACUCUAUCAGAUGUUUGUGAUACUUUGAAUAAUAAUUAGAAUUUACUAUUAACGAUCUAAAUUAUUUAAUUUUUUCACGUUUGUAGGCAGAAAGUAUCUUAAGCGAUGAGUUAUGUUACGUCAUAUAUAAUUAAGUGUAAGCUAUGAUUAAAAUGUGGUUAA